AAUUCUCGUCCUCAAGACCGAGAAUCCACCCGCAAUGCCCGCCCGUGACGACACGACUCCACGACCUCACCACUACCACGAUCCAAGAGCGACCUGAGCAUCCAGACAGUGAGAAAAAAAACAGUACACGAUAACUGGCUACAACGACAUACAAGAACCGACUCGACAUCGCCACAAUCCCAGACAGGAUGGAGAGAGAGCGACAAUACCUCCGCCCGAGGGUAGGGGGCUCCGUGACCCCCGGCGCCGACGGCCGGUCCACUGGGCGCCCCGCCGAGUGGCCCGAGUGGGAGCCGGCGCGGCAGCAGGAGCGCGAUGGCCAGCGUGAGCAGCCCAAGUCGAUCUUGCGGAAGCCAACCGCCCGCACCUCAACACGGCCGCGUCGCAACUCGGACACCUCCGUCACGUCAUCCAACCUGCCCGCCGUGGGAAGCGACUCGGACCGGGAAGUCCCGCCCCCCCUGCCCUCCGCGUCGACGGGGGCCCUGCCCAGCGUCCUGCCCCGGAAGGUACUCAAGGCAAAGUUCCCGGGGGUAGGAAUCCCCGCGGAGCGGUCAGGCGUCAUCAACCUGCGGCCGUCGCGGGCUUCCUCGGCCAACGUCCCCUCCGGCUACCACGUGCCGCCAGUCCGCACCGUGCUGGCCCCCCAAUACGUGCCAGACAACAGGCUCCUCGAGCGUCACGACCGCCGCGAGCCGUACGAUCGCCAUGACCGUGACCGACGCUACCCCGACAAGGACCCAGAGACAGAGUCGGUCUCGGAAUCUUCCGACCUGUCGUCCACCACGCAGGCCACCACGGUGACCUCGACGUCCUCAGACUCGUGCGCCAGCGACGUGACGCCCACCGAGGCCAACACCAAUACUAAGUCUGCGCCCUCCGUCCGAUUCACUCCGAGCGUCAUCGGCUCCGAAAGCACCGUCAGCGCGGCCCCGCCUCCCGUCCGCAAGGCCAAGCCACGGCCGGCCUCUCGGGCAAAACCGCCCCCUGAGACGGAUCGGACCGUCGUCAAGAGCGCCAGCCGGCCAGUCCAGGUCAAGGUGCUCCCCCUCACGGUCGACACUGCCGAGUCCAGGUAUGCGCGCGAGCUCGAGCGGUACCAACAGCAGAUGGAGCGCAACCUGAUGCUCAAGAUUGAGCAGCUCGAGGCCGAAAGGGAGACAUUGCGUGAGAGCGAGGCAAAGCUAAAGAGGGAGCUCGACGGCAGCACCUCGCGCCUCGCUAUCGUGGACAAGGAGAAGGCAGCCGCGGAGAAGGAGCGCGACGCAGAGCGCAAGAGCAGAGAAGAGGUUCUCGGCAUGCUGGAGCAGCAAAAGGCCAUCUUCGACGAGUACCGCAGCAACUUCGAACUCCAAAGAUGCAUGCUCGACGAGGUCGAGAAAGAACGGGAUGCUCAGCGUGUUGUCGAGACCGAACUGCAGGCCAAGCUUGAUGCCACCCGGCAAGUCCUCGACGAGUAUCGGUCGACUGUGAACCUGCAAAAGAUCCGGCUCGAGGAAGCCGAGAAGGAGAUUGACGAUGCCAAGUUGUCCAGAGACAAGGCGGAGGAGAGGUGUACCGAGCUCGAGAGGCACCUCGAGAAGCUGCAGGAGGACCGCAGGGAGCGGGAAGACUUGCUGGCCCACCAGAUCGCCGCCCUUGAGACCAGCAGAGACGCCCUUCAGGAGCAGCGCGACAAAAAGGACAAGGAGAUUGCCGACAUGGUGGCUGACCGCGAGCGGCUGACGACCGAAGUCGAAUCCCUGAAUGUCCGGAUCGCCGCCUUCGAUGGUGAAAUGAAGGCUGCCGCGGAGGAAAAACAGAAGAUCAAGGACGCCGCCGAGGAGGAGAAGGCGGCGUUGCGCAGGGAGUUGGAAGAGGAGCAUCUCGCGAUUAAGAGUCGCGUCGGCGAGCUGGAGCAGGAGAAGGAGGAGCUCGGGAAUGCCAAGGCGGCAGUCGAGCAGGAGAAGACCGAAGUCGAGGCCAAACUUGCGACGGCCGAAGAGAAGAUCACGCAGCUCAGCUCCCAAGUCGAGGAUCUGACAGCUUCCAAGUCGGACCUCAACGCCAAGAUCAACACUCUGGAGGAGGAGCUCUCCACGACCAAGGCCGAAGUUGCUGACCUGAAGACGAAAAUCGAGGGCCUCGAGUCCGACAAGGCCGGCCUGCAGCAACAGAUCCAGGAGCUUGUCGCGGAGAAAACCGAGGCGCAGGCGCAGAUCCAGACGCUCAAUACCGAUCUCGCCGGCGCCAAGGCCGCCAACGUGUCGCUCGCCAGCCAGAAGCUCGAACUAGCCGGGGACAUGGCUGGCGUCAAAGAUGCCCUCGACGGCGCAAAAGCCGAGAUCGAUCGGCUCACGGUGGAGAAGGCUGCUGUCCAGGCCGAAGCAGAUAAAGUUGCCGGCCUCGAGGCUGUCAAUGUCGAGUUCGCUGCCACCAUUGCAGAACUGAAGGGCAAGAUCGCAAAACUACAGGGCAAAAUUGCAGAACUCCAGGACGAAGCGGCCAAGGUUCCCGGGCUCUCCAGCGACAAGGCGGCCGCGGAGCGCAGGAUCUCGGAGCUCGAAGCCAAGACGGCCGAUCUCGACGCGAAGCUCGGCGCCGCCCAGGCAGACGCCAGCCGACUGCCCCCCCUCGAGGCCACCAAAGCCGAGCUCGAGCGCAAGGUGUUGGACCUGCAAGCCAAGAUCGGCACGCUGCAAGCCGAGCUCGCGCGCGACCCGGACGCGGCCGCGGCCGCCCUACGCGCCGAGCUGGAGGCCAAGGGCCAGGAGAUCGCGCGGCGCAUGGACGAGAUCAACGCGCUGACCGAGGGCAACGCGGCGCUCUCGGCGCAGCUGGGCGCCACGCAGCAGCAGCUCACCACCACGCAGCAGUCGCUCAACGGCAUCACGCAGUCCUACCACGCUGCCGCGGACCAGGCCGCCCAGCUGCAGCAGCGCGUCGACCAGCUCGCCGCGGCCGCGGCGGCGUCGGGAUCGGCGUCGCGGCGCGCCAGCCGCUCUCGCACCUCGUCGCCGCAGAAGAAGGAGCGCGAUAGCAGCAGCGGCGGCAAGAAAGACAAGCAACUCGUCGUCGUGCGCAACCCCGGCGACAGGGGCGCGCUGUCGGUCUUGCUUCAAAUUGCGGCCGCCAUCUGAUUCGAGAAAUAACCGCGGGCCGGCCUUCACUCCCUGCUUAAGGGGGGAAGUUUGGUGGGAUGUACCAGUCAAAGCAAGGAAGGGUUGGAUCGGCCUUGGUUUGGGAGGGGAGGUGCUGAUGGGUGAAACGGGAGACGUGGGCUCGUGCUUCGCACUGGGUUGCCUGCUGUGAUGUU